AUGUUUGAAUCGGAAAGUGUCAAACCUUCCGUAUACGACCAAAUAGCAGAUUUGCAGCGCAAACUUCAACUUUUAGAGAGCGACAGGAGCGCCUACUAUGAGAGCUCUCACUCAACCCUGGAGAAGAACCGCCAGAACAUCCAGCAGCUCCGGGGGGAAAACAGGGACCUGCAGAGGAGGGUGUCAGACGCCGAGGCCGAUGAACACCAAUUCAUCAAAUUGGCUUUACACGGCCGAAGCUCGGAAAAGAACACCUGGCCAAUAAUCUCGGAGAAGGCAGCCCUAUCCAAACUGCAACACCGUGUGGCAUCCAAGACAAAGCGUCUCAAUGCUCUUAGGCAUUCAACUCUGACUCAUGAGCAGCGCCUUGAAGACCUAAAGAGGGAAUGUGUCAGAUUGGAAGCAUUGGGCUACAUCCAGGCCAUCUCAGAAAAGGAGGAUAUUACAAUGAAACUGAGGUCACUACAGAACAGCCUGGAGAAGAACCAGCUGAAGUGCAAGGAGGCUGCAAACAUCAUGACUAAUUAUCUAAAACUGAAACGUCACUUGCAGGAGGAAAGUCUGACAUUCGAGGGUAAGAUAGAUGAGAUACAAACAGAAAUCACAAAGUACAGGAAGGAACUGCAUGAAGUUCAGGAUAUGAACAACAAAGCCCAGCUCUCCAAAGAAAUGGCUAUUACCGAGUUACAGCAGGAGGAAGAGCUGUUCUUCAAGGAGCACCGAGAAAAAGAUUAUAUUUUAGCAGUUUACCGAAAAAGGGUUCAAGAGAUCAAAGCCCGGGCUGAAAAGUUAGAUGCUCAGAGGAAAAGUGUACCACAUGAUGAUCUGAACACAGAAGUUGAGAUUGGCGCUGCCAAGAUGGCUGCUGAAAUGGCUCACAGCAUCAGACUGUUUAGUACGACCCUCCAAUGUGUGAAGGAAGCAACUGGUUACACAGCUACAGAGGGACUCUUGAAUCGUUACAUCGCCCAGCGGGAAACUCAUCAACAUUUGCAAGCGCUGAAAGCAGAAAAUCAGUCUAUUCUCCUGCAACUAAAGGAGCAGAAGGUGCACCUGCAGGAAGAGUUUGAGGACAUCAAGUAUUCAGGAGAAACACAAUUGUCCAGUGAGCAGAGGAUGUUGGACGAGUGUGAGAAAGACCUGCUGAAUAAACAGCAGAGCUGUGAAACAGCUAAGGAACGUCAUGCUUCUCUUGUUAAAAUCCUUGGCAGUAUCCAAGCUGGAGUGGAGCACCUCGCAGAAAGACUUAAUCAAGUCUCGCUGAAUGAACCACCGUCAAAGGUGUCUCCUAAGUCAAAAGACUUUUUGGUGCAUAUGCUGACUCAGUGUGAGCAGAAAGUGCAGUUACUCCAGGGCAAGCUUGAAGGAAAAGACCUCGAGGAGAUUACGAAGGACAUGGAGGAAGAAGAGUUCUUCUUCAUGGUUGAGAAACAACUGCCUACUUACAACAAACGAGUCACCAUGUCUGAAGACCAAGAGAUGAGCGUGUUAUCUAACGAGGACGACAAUGAAGAGGAAGAAGGUAUCCUCUCUCGAGAGGCGAUGAAGCGCCGCUCUCAGACUAUUGUUGACAUGUGCAGCAAGAAAACCUGGAAGAUAAAAAAGGGCAAGUGA